UCAUAAGGAUAUAAUAAAAAGACAAAAGCGUGGAACCCGCCCAAGUGAAGCUGUUAUAAAUAAAAUUCAUAUGGAGAACUUUGUUGAUUGGUUUCAAUUGUACGUUAUGAACUCCGAUGAUGGAAAGGAUGACCGGUUCACGGAGAAGAUAAAAUGGUUGGCUCAUGGGCCAAACAAUUUGUGUAGAAGCUUUUGGGGAUAUAUUAUAAAUGGCACCAAAUUUCGCACCAAAUAUUAUGAAAGUAAUAUGAAGACUCAAAAUAGUGGAGUUUCAGUGGAAACUGAAGAAGGCUUAACUUACUAUGGUAUUUUAAGCGAUAUAAUUGAGUUGAACUAUUAUGAUAAAUUGCGAUUUAUUUUAUUCAAGUGCGACUGGGCUGAUGUUACAUCAAAUAAGGGGCACAAGAUAGAUGAAUUUGGAUUAGUUCUCGUAAAUUUUUCAUACUUGAUCCAUACAGGCGCAAAAUCGAAUGAUGAACCUUUUAUUUUGGCAUCUCAGGCAAAGCAAGUAUACUAUAUAGAAGAUCAAAGAAACAAAGAUUGGUUUACUGUUGUAAAAGCUAAGCCUAGGGAUGUGUUUGAUAUUGGUAGUCAUGAAACUUGUGAAGAUAAUGAGAAUAGUCAUUGUGAUAAUCUACCAUAUAAUAUCGAUAUAACAAGUAUGCUGGAAAGCUUGAAUGAAAAUCUAGACUGGACUAGAAAUGAUGCGGAUGGAACCACAAUUAGUGAAGCACCUUCUCAUGAAAACCUACCGUUAGAAUAGAAGUAUAGCAACAACUCCGAGUCAGAUGGUGAU